AUGAUUAAUCUAAAGACAUUAUUUAGACUAAUACUUGUCUCACAGGAGACAAUGAUUAACUGGUGUAUAACAAUGGGUUUAUUAUUAGCAACUAAAAAGUGUCCCAUUUGUGACAACGAAAUGAAGAUAAUUGUCAAACAAUUAUCGUACCGGUGCCACCAAAAGCAUGGACAACCUCAUGAUUAUAGACUAAGUGCUUUGAAUAAUACGUGGUUUUCUGGAUCAAAGUUUAGCAUUGAAAACAUAAUAAUCUUGACGUACCUGUUUUCGGUCGGCACAACAAAAUAUGAGGACAUUAAACGAGAAACAAGUGAUUUAACUAAAACAACAUCUCAUAACACUAUAAGUGAUUGGCUUAACUUUUGUCGAGAAGUGGUAUUUGAUUGGGUCGAAAAAUAUCAAUCAGUUGAUCUCUUAGGAGGAGAAGGAGUUGUCGUAGAAAUUGACGAAACAAAAGUUGGUAAAAGAAAGUACAAUAGAGGUCGACUAGUUGAUGGGACGUGGAUUUUAGGUUUAGUUGAGAUUCAAAUAGGAGCUAAUUGUCGACGUGGAGGUAGAUUUCGUUUAGAAAUAUGUCCCCUAAAUAAAAGAGAUGCCGACACUCUUUUACCUUUGAUACGUAAGCAUGUAAAAAUUGGGACAACUAUUGUGUCUGACUGUUGGGCUGGAUAUUAUAGACUAACAGACAAUGGUAUAAAUGAUAGAUAA